CACAAGGGUUAACACGCUUCAAUUAAAAAUAAAUACAUUGGAAAAAAAGACAUAAACCCCCACUUUUAACAUUCAAAGAGUAGUUCGCCCUAAAGAGCCGAAUAUAAGAGCCGAGUCGUUUGCGAACGACACACGGCGAGCGCUCCAGCCUCCUUGCUUUACGGCGAAGCGAAACUGCACUUUCCCCCCCUCCAGCCGAGCUCCGGGUUCGAUUCCGCUCGCCCAGUGGCAAAAAAAAAAAAGCUGACAGUCCGGCGGCUGUUUAUCCACACUUCGCCGGUUCCCUCCUUCGGGAUGUCUUUCCUGGAUAAGCCGGCCCCGAGGAGGCUCGUGUUGGACGACACUGUCCCGCUGACGGCGGCGAUCGAAGCCAGCCAGAAGCUGCAGUCUCACACGGAGUACAUCAUCCGUGUCCAGAGGGGUGUGUCCUCGGACAACAGCUGGCAGGUAAUACGGCGCUACAGUGACUUCGACGUGCUCAACAACAACCUGAUGGUGUGCGCCAUCAGUCUUCCUCUCCCGCCUAAGAAGCUGAUAGGAAACAUGGACCGGGAGUUCAUAGCUGAAAGGCAGCGAGGCCUACAGGCCUACCUGGACGCCGUUACCCAGCAUCCUUUGCUCUGCAGCGCUCUGCCUGUCAAGAAGUUCCUGGACCCAAACAACUACGCUGACAACUACUCAGAGAUCGCCCUGCAGCAGGUCUCCAUGUUCUUCAGGUCGGACCCCAAGUGGGAAGUUGUAGAGCCCCUCAAAGAUAUGGGCUGGAGAAUCAGGAAGAAAUAUUUCCUCAUCAAAAACAAAGUGCAAGCCAAAGAGAGGUAUCUGCUGAGCUGGGUGGACCUGGGUCCUGAUAAGUUCCUGUCAGAUAAAGACCUGCAGUCUGCCAUGAAGCUCCUUGCCAGCCUCUCCAGUCCAUACAUGUACCCGCUGUUGUUCUCCAGCACCAGUGAGUCUUCAGCACUUCUCAUCAGGCCUUUCAGCGAAGCCGGCUCGCUCAGAGACCACAUCUGUAAGGUGAAGCCCAGAGAGACCUACUUGAAGAAAUACGGCAACCCCAAGAAGAGUCAGGGUCUUGAACUAGCACACAUCAAACUGUAUGGCCGCCAGAUACUGGAGGCCCUGCGACUCCUCCACGACGGCGGCUUAUUUUACGGCCACCUGCACGCCUCAAAUGUGACGGUGGACCAGGGCACGUGUCGACUGACGGACGUGGAGAACGGCAUGCUGGGAGUUCCCUCUGUCCUGCGACCUGCCUUCACCCACUUCAGGAAAAUCAACACCACCGAAAGCAUCGACGUCUUUUGUUUUGGUCACUUACUCUACGAGAUAACUUAUGGACGACCCCCUGCCAGCGUUCCAGUGGACCACUAUCCUACCAACCCCUACACUGCUGUGGUGUCAGUGCUGCAGUCCAUCCUGUCCACAGAGGCGUGUAAGUCAGGAAUGCCCACAGUGUCACAGCUCAUUCAGACACCGCUGUUCUGUCACGUCCAGUUGCAACACUCCGAUAAAGUCCAGAUCAAAGUCCCCAGCAGGCUGAAGGACGCUCUGAAGACGGCCAAAGAUCGUUUAGAGAAGCGUCUGCAGGAGGAGCAGAGAGUGCUCCACCAGCACAGGAGGCUGACCAGAGCUCAGUCUCAUCACGGCUCAGAGGAGGAGAAGAAGAGGAGGAAGAUUCUGGCGAGGAAGAAGUGCAGGCAGUCCACUUACGAGAAUGAAGAUGACGUCUCUGUUCGCAACAAUAACAACUCUGGCUCUGGCGCCAGUUCCCCUCCCACAUGCCCCUCUUCCCCCACCCCCCCGCCUUCUACAGGUGGCCCGACGGCCCCUCCUCCCCCACCCCUUCCCACGCUGGACAACGCACAAUCACGCUCGGACAGUCCCGGCGGAGGACGCACCGCCUUGCUGAGCUCCAUCCAGACCUUCACUAAAGGCCAACUGAGGAAGGCGGCGACAACAGACCGCAGCGGGCCCGCCCUCUGACCCCCGUCCUGACUGGACCGCCGCGCUUUCCCUGACAUGUGAAGACCAAUCCCUUUUCAAGACAAUCCAAAUAUCUAUUUACAAUUCCAUUUUUUUUUUUGGUUUAAACAUUUAUUCUUAUUGAGUGGCACCUGGGGAUAGUUUGAUUGGCAACACUAAAUUGGCCCUAGACCAGUGGUUCUUAAUCUUGUUUUUGGUAACACUUUAGUAUGGGGAACAUAUUCUAAGUAACAAAGACUUAAUUUAGAGUUAUUUGGACACUCGGGGAACAUAUUCUAAGUAACAAAGACUUAAUUUAGAGUUUUUUGGACACUAGGGGAACAUAUUCUAAGUAACAAAGACUUCAUUUAGAGUUUUUUAGACACCAGGGGAACAUAUUCUAAGUAACAAAGACUUACUUGAGAGUUAUUCGGACGCCAGGGGAACAUAUUCUAAGUAACAAAGACUUAAUUUAGAGUUUUUUAGACACCAGGGGAACAUAUUCUAAGUAACAAAGACUUAAUUUAGAGUUAUUUGGACACUAGGGGAACAUUCUAAGUAACAAAGACUUAAUUUAGAGUUAUUUGCACACUAGGGGAACAUAUUCUAAGUAACAAAGACUUAAUUUAGAGUUUUUUGGACACUAGGGGAACAUAUUCUAAGUAACAAAGACUUAAUUUAGAGUUUUUUGGACACUAGGGGAACAUAUUCUAAGUAACAAAGACUUAAUUUAGAGUUUUUUUGACACUAGGGGAACAUAUUCUAAGUAACAAAGACUUAAUUUAGAGUUUUUUGGACACUAGGGGAACAUAUUCUAAGUAACAAAGACUUAAUUUAGAGUUAUUUGGACACUCGGGGAACAUAUUCUAAGUAACAAAGACUUAAUUUAGAGUUAUUUGCACACUAGGGGAACAUAUUCUAAGUAACAAAGACUUAAUUUAGAGUUAUUUGGACACUAGGGGAACAUAUUCUAAGUAACAAAGACUUAAUUUAGAGUUUUUUGGACA